GGCGCAGGCAGUAGGUGCUGGAGUGCGGCCCCGCCGGGUAGGACGGGAGUGGAGCAGGCAGGCAAGGGGACGGCAGCGACGGCGUCGUCGUCGUCCGUGGGGCGCAGGGCGGGCGCCUGUAGGGCUGCACCUUCCGAGGGCCAACUCCUCCCCGAGCCCGGGGCUGGGUUCGAGCCGUGGCGAGGCGACAGCACCGCGCACACCAAAGAGGAGGCGGCGGCGACAGCGGCGGCCCCAGCCAUGCUGUGCUAUGUGACGAGGCCGGACGCGGUGCUGAUGGAGGUGGAGGUAGAGGCGAAAGCCAACGGCGAGGACUGCCUCAACCAGGUGUGCAGGCGAUUGGGGAUCAUAGAGGUUGAUUAUUUUGGACUGCAGUUUACUGGUAGCAAAGGUGAAAGUUUAUGGCUAAAUCUGAGAAACCGGAUCUCCCAGCAGAUGGAUGGGCUAGCGCCCUACCGGCUUAAACUGAGAGUCAAGUUCUUCGUGGAGCCGCACCUCAUCUUACAGGAGCAGACAAGACAUAUCUUUUUCCUGCACAUCAAGGAGUCUCUGCUGGCCGGCCACCUCCAGUGCUCCCCAGAGCAGGCCGUGGAGCUCAGUGCCCUCCUGGCCCAGACCAAGUUUGGGGACUAUAACCAGAACACUGCCAAGUACAGCUACGAGGAGCUAUGUGCGAAGGAGCUCUCCAGCGCUGUCUUGAACAGCAUCGUUGCAAAGCAUAAGGAGUUGGAGGGGACCAGCCAGGCCUCGGCUGAGUACCAGGUGCUGCAGCUCGUGUCAGCAAUGGAGAACUACGGCGUCGAGUGGCACGCCGUGCGGGACAGCGAGGGCCAGAAGCUGCUCAUUGGGGUCGGGCCCGAAGGGAUCUCCAUCUGUAAAGAUGACUUUAGCCCGAUUAAUAGGAUAGCUUACCCCGUGGUGCAGAUGGCCACCCAGUCAGGAAAGAACGUGUACUUGACCAUCACCAAGGAGUCUGGGAACAGCAUCGUGCUCUUGUUUAAAAUGAUCAGCACCAGGGCAGCCAGCGGGCUCUACCGAGCCAUCACCGAAACACAUGCUUUCUAUAGGUGUGAUACGGUGACCAGCGCCGUCAUGAUGCAGUAUAGUCGUGACUUAAAAGGCCAUUUGGCUUCUCUCUUUCUGAAUGAAAACAUCAACCUCGGCAAGAAGUACGUCUUCGAUAUUAAAAGAACAUCAAAGGAGGUGUAUGACCACGCCAGGAGGGCUCUGUACAAUGCCGGCGUGCUGGACCUCGUCUCCAGGAGCGGCCAGAGCCCGCCCGGCUCCCCGCUCAAGUCCUCCGGGAGCAGCAUGAACUGCCGAAGCUGCGAGGGCCUGAGCUGCCAGCAGACCCGGGCCCUGCAGGAGAAGCUGCGCAAGCUGAAGGAAGCCAUGCUGUGCAUGGUGUGCUGCGAGGAGGAGAUCAACUCCACCUUCUGCCCUUGCGGCCACACCGUGUGCUGCGAGAGCUGCGCGGCCCAGCUGCAGUCGUGCCCAGUCUGCCGGUCUCGCGUGGAACACGUCCAGCAUGUCUAUCUGCCAACUCACACCAGUCUUCUCAAUCUGACUGUCAUCUGACUCAUCUGUCCUGCAUUGGUGGGACAUGCCAUGUUUCCACGAACUGCACUAUUGUAAACUAUAAGAAUGGUAAUUUUGUGGCAAAAAUAAUUUCACUCCCAACACCCAUCUGCCAUGCAACCUUUAAAACACACAGGAAAAAAAGAAGAAAAUCAAGACUCCAGCUCCUCCUCACUGCAGAAACACAUCCAUGCAUAGAAACAACAAGCCCAGUGCGGGGAACAAGGAGGAGCCGGGCACAGACACAUUCCUUGGACUUUGAUUUUUUUUCUUGAUCAAAUAAAGGAACAGGUAAAAUAUUUGUCAGUUAAGGGGCAACAUAGCCAAAAAGUGGGUACACCGUUAUAGGAAAUGGUGUUCUAAGUCUCCGAGGUAAGUCUCUUACCUGCCACAGAUUUUAUAAGAAGUAGUUUUAGGAAUUUACUUGGUUCUUUUUUGUAUGGCCAUGGAGCACGGAGCAUUUGUAAUAGAAAACAGUUUUCUUAAGUAGUUGUCAUUCUCAUGUCAUUUCUGUUUUUAUAACUUGUUCAAGAAUGCUUGGAACACAAAAAGAUUUUAAAGUCGGUUCUGUGGUGGUGGCAUCCACCUGUAAUCUCAGCUUUGGGAGGCUCAGACUGGAGGAUGGAGAGUUAAAGCCCAACUUGGACAGUUUAACAAGACCUUGUGUCCACAAAACAAAAAAACCGAUUUUGAAAGGUUGGCCAUGAUGCUGUCCAUCAGAUUUAAAUCAUUCUUGGUAGGAAGAAGCAGCUAAUCCAACGGGGAGCUUCCUAUUCCUUUUCCCGUUUCCUCUCCGUAUGCCCCAUGCUUUUUGAUCAAAAGUAGCAGUAGGCAAGCAUGUCUUGGGCUUUUGUGAGUUAGUGGAAUAUUUUAAGAUGAAAAGGGAGAGCGUUGCCCUGGGAAGGGGGAGCCUAGCACUGAGGAUGGGACCUCCGGAUGCACUCAUGACAGCCGUUCUUUGCUUCUCCCAAGCACUCGACCCCAGCACCACCACGGGUGCCAGAAAGAUCAAACCUUUUACAGCCUUAUAAUAGGUUUCUAGGUGUCAUUUCCUCUUUUUGUGUGUUUCAAGUUUUUCUCAUUUUUGUUCUGUGUAUGUGUGUAAAUGCUUAAAUCUUUCAGUCGCCCCCUCUAUGUCUUUCAGAGGGGUUUUGGUUCUUUUGUUCCUGUAUCCACUCCUCCUUGGGCAUUUUGGAAGCUGAUCAGUUAGCGGGUUUUCUAGGAUGUCAGGAAACCUGGAUGACCUUAUCGGGUGCAAUACUAGCUAAGAUAAAGCUAGAAACUUACACUGUCACUUUACUGAGAUUUCUGAGUAUACUUUUCAUAUUGCCUUAAUGUAGCAGUAACGUGUUAUGCAUUUGUUUCUUUGCACAGACAUUUUGUCAAAUAUUAAAACUCUACUUUUUUAUGGCACAUAUUAGCAUAUAAGCCUUUAUUCCAAGAGGUAUUUAUUUUUUCACUUGUAAAAAAAUGAUGUUUCCACAGAAAGAACUCUGUUAUAUCCUAGAGGACUUCUGUCUUUUAUAUUCAGGAUAAUAAAGACUUUAAAGCAAA